UCUUCAAAAAGCACCUGUCUCGCACCUGUUGCACCUUUUAACUCGAGCGUUCUUGGAGAAAAUGCGUAUUUUCUGGUGAUUCGGAGAAGAGUGAGUGAAGAGGCGUCGGUGCUGUACUGUGGCUGUGGACCCCGGCUUUGCUGCUCGUCACCUGAUCAGUUUUGCAUGAGCUGAGGAUCCUGGUUCACCUUCAACACUAUUAGCGCUAUUAGGGAAACACCUUGCUGAUGACAGUCGGAUUGGACUCAGGUCGCCCCUGCUGCUGCAGGUGCUUCUCUGCACAGUUUGCUGCCGUUCUGCUUUGGUCCUCCCUUUUCUCCACAGUUUCUGGAUCAUGUGCUGCAAAUAUAUUUCUGCUCUUUUCUAGCUAAAAACAGGCUUAAAUCUUGUUCAGAUUUCCGAAGGUGAUUGCAGUUCAGCGCAUUCGGGACAAGGCCGGAAUUUCCCAAACCUAAGAUGAGCGUCCAAAGCGAAGAUGUGGCGAAGUUCCUGGACGCAAACCCGAGCUUUGCCAAGACCUACUUCCAGAAAAAGCUCAAACCCGGAGCCGUGGCCUCCGUGAUGGGCAUCCCAGAGUCCAAGGUGGACCUGGACACGUUUGAGCAGAUGUCUCAGGUAGAGGAAAGUGCGAUAUUCUUCGAUUUGAUCAAAGACAUGCAGGAGAACGUCAACAUGGAGAAGGUGAUCUUCAAGAUCCUGAAGAGGCUCAGCGCUUUGAUCCACGCUGACCGGUGCAGCCUGUUCAUGUACCGGCAGAGGAACGGCAUCGCCGAGCUGGCCACUCGUCUGUUCGACGUCAACACGGAGGCCAAGAUGGAAGAGUGCGUGAUUCCUCCAGACUCCGAGAUCGUCUUCCCUCUCGAUAUCGGCAUCGUCGGACAUGUCGCCCAUACCAAAAAACCCAUCAACGUCAAGGAUGUUAAUGAGUGCAGCCACUUCAGCUCGUUUGUGGACGAGCUGACGGAGUACACCACACGUAACGUCUUGGCUACACCCAUCAUGAACGGCAAGGAUGUAGUGGGAGUAAUUAUGGCCAUCAACAAGACCACUGGACCCUAUUUCACAGAUGCAGAUGAAGACCUUUUUUUAAAGUAUCUGAAAGUUGGCACUUUGAACCUGAAGAUUUAUCACCUGAGCUACCUGCACAGCUGCGAGACACGUAAAGGACAGAUGCUCUUGUGGUCGGCUAACAAAGUGUUUGAAGAGCUGACAGACAUCGAGCGUCAGUUCCACAAAGCUCUGUACACAGUGCGCGCCUACCUCAACUGUGACCGCUACUCUGUGGGCCUGCUGGAUAUGACCAAGGAGAAGGAGUUCUUUGAUAUCUGGCCUGUGCUGAUGGGAGAGCAGCCUCCGUACUCUGGCCCUGUAACUCCAGAUGGUAGGGAAAUCAUCUUCUACAAAGUCAUUGACUACAUUCUGCACGGGAAAGAGGAAAUCAAAGUCAUACCAAAUCCAACUCCAGACCACUGGGCACUGGUCAGUGGGCUUCCCACCUAUGUAGCAGAGAGCGGUUUUAUUUGCAAUAUCAUGAACGCAGCAGCAGAGGAGAUGUUCACCUUCCAGACGGAACCUCUCGAUGUAAAAGGAUGGACCAUUAAAAACGUGCUGUCUCUGCCAAUCGUCAACAAAAAGGAAGAAAUUGUGGGAGUGGCGACUUUCUAUAACAGGAAAGAUGGCAAGCCAUUUGAUGAACAAGAUGAAAAUCUGAUGGAGGCUUUGACGCAGUUCCUGGGCUGGUCAGCACUCAACCCCGACACCUACGAUAAGAUGAAUAAAUUGGAGAACAGGAAGGACAUUGCUCAGGAUAUGGUCUUGUACCACGUCAAGUGUCGAGACGAUGAGAUUCAGAAUGUUCUUAAAACCAGGGAGGUUUAUGGGAGAGAACCGAGAGACUGUGAAGAGGAUGAACUUUGGCAGAUCCUGAAAAAAGAACUUCCCGGACCCACUAAAUUUGAGAUCUACGAGUUUCGGUUUUCUGACUUUGACUGCACUGAAAUGGACCUGGUGAGGUGUGGGAUCCAGAUGUACUACGAAGUUGGAGUUGUUAAAAAAUUCCAGGUCCCUCAGGAGGUUCUAGUGAGAUUUAUGUACUCACUCAGUAAAGGCUACAGGAGGAUCACCUAUCACAACUGGCGCCACGGCUUCAACGUUGGACAAACCAUGUUCACACUGCUAACGACAGGGAAGCUGAAGCGGUACUACACUGAUUUGGAGGUGAUGGCCAUGAUCACAGCCGGCUUCCUGCACGAUAUUGAUCACAGAGGCACCAAUAAUCUCUACCAAGUGAAAUCUGGAAAUCCACUAGCGAAGCUGCACGGAUCCUCCAUUCUAGAGAGGCAUCAUUUAGAAUUCGGCAAGUUUCUGCUUGCAGACGAGACUUUAAACAUUUUCCAGAACCUGAACAGAAGACAGACGGAGCACGUUUUCCACCUGAUCGAUAUCGCCAUUAUCGCUACUGACCUCGCCUUGUACUUCAAGAAGAGAACGAUGUUCCAGAAAAUCGUGGAUCUGUCAGAGACGUAUGAGGACGAAAAGAAGUGGGUGGACUUCAUGUCUCUGGAAACAACAAGGAAGGAGAUUGUAAUGGCCAUGAUGAUGACAGCUUGUGAUCUGUCUGCCAUCACCAAGCCAUGGGAAGUUCAGAGCAAGGUGGCGCUUUCUGUCGCAGCAGAAUUUUGGGAGCAGGGUGACUUAGAGAGGACUGUUCUUGAACAGCAACCGAUUCCCAUGAUGGACCGAAACAAAGCAGCAGACCUUCCCAAGCUUCAGUGCGGUUUCAUAGACUUCGUCUGCACUUUCGUCUACAAGGAGUUCUCUCGCUUCCACCCGUCCAUCCAGCCCAUGUAUGACGGCAUCCUCAACAACAGGAAGGAGUGGAAGGCGAAGCAGGAGGAGUAUGAGGCAAAGCUGAAGGAAGCUGAAGAAGCAGCCAAAGCGAAGCAAGAAGCUGCAGGAGCCAAAAAUGCCAAUGCCAACAGCGUCAACGGAGGUUCAGCCGGAUCCAAAACCUGCUCCAUCUGCUAGAACCGAGGAGCUGCACAGCCACGAACGACACAGGCAGAAGUAACCUUCAUCUGAACUUACUGACAGAGGAGAAAGAAAGAUAAAGAAAUGUGAUAUACACUUAUCAAGCAAUUUAUUCAGAAGAUCUGUAUACCUGCAGUAUUUAUUAAUGCAAUUAUCUAAUCAGCCAAUCAUUGAAUCGCGUAGAAAGAGGCCAGUGGCUUCAGAUAAUGUCCACAUCAAUCAAUCAUCAGAAUGGAAAUGGGAUUAGGCUGGGAUUUUUUAGCUAAAUUAGGCCCUAAUCAGUAUUAUAUUAAUCUAUAGUCUUCCUUAUAAAUUAAUCAAUGAGUGUACAGUGUUCAGUGUUCAGUGCAUGACACUGAAAUAUAUCAGUAAGUCUCGAAACUCUAAACUAAAUUUUUAUGGAUGAAGACUGGCAAUCAAGUUUGCUUCUGGGUUGUAUCACUGUUUUAUCUUAACUACUUGUUCAUAUGUUUUGGCUCAUAGUUAAUUCGUUGAAUAUUAGGGCGUUUUCACACUAGCCCUUUUUAUCGAACCUGGGUGUGCUUAUUCUGUGGAUUUGGUGCGCUUGUUUUAAGUGUGAAAGCUGCUUUUAAGCUCAAGAGUGGUCCAGAAUACUGACCUCUGGUCCUCCUAAAAUCAGCUGUAGAAAAGUGUCCACUUCCAGUGCUGUGUGUGGGGUCAAGUGAUGGGUUCAUUUUGCUACGUGACACUUCCACUUAUCGUGUUAUAGCAGCAAACAUUCGAAGCAUGCAGAAAAGUGAUGUAUGAAAUUGUACAAAGUUAUUGUGUGUGAAAACAAACCAGCGAUAAUGAGCCCCUCCCCAAAAUUUAAUCAGGACAGGUGUGAAAACGCCCUAAAUGACUUUUUGUGAUGUCCAGAAGUGGAAUGUGCACAGGUGGUCACACUUAUUCUACAUCACAAUGCAAUGGUAGACCUUUUAUGUAAUUUUGUUCGUAGGCUGGUUUGAUAUUUCGAUCAGCUGUGAAAUCCUUGGUUUGUAACUUAUUUUGUAUUGUUCACUGUAAUUGGCUACUUUAUUCCAGUAAAUACAACAGUACAGUAACCAGUAGCACUUUUAUGUAAACAAGUGUGCCCUUGUCCAAAAUACGGAUAGGAUUUUUGGAGUUAAUAUUUGAAACAAGAAGUGUAUAUUGGAAAUUAAUAACAGUGAUUAAAACAGCAUUGCGGUUCUUUUUCUGAGGACUUUCCUCUACAUUUUGGCUAUACUGUCUUUUACAUAAUGUAUUUGCUGUGUUUGAAAUACUCAAAACUGUUAUUUUGGAAGUGCUAACCAAAAAUGUAAAUUACCAAAAAUUGGGUAAUGGCUAAUUUGUGAAGAUAAAGAAAUGCAUUAGCAGCAUCAGGUUCAGUGGCAAUUGUGAACAUUUAUUUUUACAUCAAGUGCUACUUUUGCUGUGUUCCAUUUGACUUGUAUGUCAGAGUUCCGAAUAGGAGCUUACAACCUGAGACAAUUCUAACAAUGUUAGCAGUGCUAACCCAGGACAAUGCUAACAAUGCUAAACUAGGACAAUACUAAGAAUAAUAAUGUGGGACAAUAAUAACCUGGGACCAUUCUAACUUGGAACACUGCUAACAAUGCUAACCUGGGACUAUUCUAACCAGGGUUAUUGCUAACAAUGCUAACCUGGGACACUGCUAACAAUGCUUAUCUGGGAGAGUGCUAAUAAUGCUAUUUUGGAACACUGCUAACAGUGCUAACCUGGGAAAAUACUAACCUGGGACACCACUAACAAUGCUAGCAGUGCUAACCCAGGACAGUGCUAACAAUGCUAAUCUAGGGCAAUACUAACAAUGCUGACCUGGGAUAAUGCUAACAGUGCUAUCAAGGCUAAAUUGGAACAAUACUAACGAUGAUAACCUGGGACAGUUCUAACAAUGCUAUCAGGGCUAACUUGGGACAAUAGUAACAAUGAUAACCCGGGACAAUGUUUACCUGGGACAGUGAUACCAAUGCUAACCUGGAACAAAGCUAACUGGGGCAAUGCUAACCUGUGAUAAUGAUACCCAUGCUAACCUGGGGCAUUGAUAAUAAAGCUAACCCAAGACAUUGCUAAUAAUGCUUAGAUAAUGCUAAGAAUGCUAACCUGGGGCAUUUUUUGCUAAGAUUCCCCCUGAAACACUGGUAAAUGUGUUUUAAAUCAGUUGUGGGGAACUCCUUUAUUUAGGAGACUUUAUUUAGCUGUUUUUUAAUGAUAAUAAUAAUCAGUAUGAUUUACUGAGGUAAAUGGAACACAGCAUAUGUAAGAGCUUUGAGAAAUGCAAUUGGCGAGAAUACUGAUGCCUGUGGCCUUGAUACUUUACAUCUAAUGAAUCUACUCAGAUUUGGUGGCACAAAACCGAGUGAUGUUCCAGCUAUCUAUGUGAUAUCAAGAGUUCAGACAGGGGAACGACUUGUCUUCUUUUCUUGUGUUUCUAAAGGAGGAAAGUGUCUUUCUUCCAGUAGCUGUCUAUGAGGCGAUCUCAGAAAAGCAGUAUACAGCAACUGUACAUUUAUUUUGUCUUUAUUCUGUAAAUAAACACGUAGGACAGAUCAGCGGCAGGACAAGGGCAUGUGGCUGGAGUAAGUAUACUUUAAAGCACCUAAAAUAUGGUUUAUUUUUGCUAUUAAUUCUUUAAACAUUGCUGCUUUAAUAAUAAUGUGUGCAUAUACAAAACCAAUAGUUUUUGUGUCUAAACAUAAAUAUAAAAAAAAAAUCAAACAUUUGUCAAGAUAUACAGUAAAUCGUAGAGGUGAUCUCUUUAAAUGUGAAUAUUCUGAUAUUGUACUGCUUUUAAGAACCCCUAACCCCAACCAACAUGUUUGAUAAAUAUCCCUGUAAAGCUCUCACUCUGUUUCUCUAUAUGCUCUCUUCACAAAGACAAUUAAAGUAUGUAUUUUUAUGAAA